UGAAGCAUCAAAGCUUCUAUUUUGCCACAGCUUUCCGCCUUGAUGAUCAACUCUACAAAAUGAUUCCACCGGCUAGCACAUCACUUAACCCGGCGCUGAGAAUUUGAGGGAACCGAAACAGAUAUCUUGUCGCAUCACCGGACCCUCAACCUUGCGAUAGCCUCGUGCCUGCCCGACGACCGCCGACCUUUUUAUGACGCCUACCCGUGCAUGAAUUGGGGUCACAACCCUCGCUCAUCAUGGCAGACAUGGUCACUCCCGAACCUGGACCGGGACCGGCCAGGGCAGAUGUCGAUGCUUUGGUUCGGGCGGCACAACUCCCCAACAUACCGAAAGCCGCCCUUCAGACCAUCUGCUCCGUCAAUGGCCUCUCAAGAGGUGGCAACAAGGCAGAUCUCCAGAGACGCAUUAUAGGCCUCAUUCAUAUGUGCGAUCAAAAUAAAGACCUCAGUCGAUUUCAGGAGGUUCGCAGCAGCGUUUAUUCUCAUGCGCCCGUCCAAAAUCCUCAUCCCGUGCCGGGGCUUCAGCCAGCCUACCAAACUCCUUCUACAAAUUUGGGUAUGCCUCCAUAUACCUACCAAAACGGCUCAGCGGCCAACGGCCACAGGCCGGUCCUUCAGCAAAGCUUUCAAUUUAAGCCCAGCCCUUUCUACGAGGUGAAGAGUCGGAUAGGAGAGUUGCGUACUUGCGAAGUGAUGGCGCAGCACCGACACUCGGUUACUAUACCCGUAAAGUCUUUAGACAAUCCUGCUCUGCAGCAGUGUCUCACAGACCCUAGCCUCAGGGUCAUGGUUUUCUGCGCUGCAGGCAACACCGGCACUCAGGACAUAGCUUUCCCCCACCAGUCCGAGCUGAAAGUUAAUACCGGGGAUGUCAAGGCAAACCUGAGAGGUCUCAAGAAUAAGCCAGGGUCUACGAGACCAGUGGAUAUCACAAACCUCCUGCGUCUUAAACCCGCCGGAUACCCCAACAGUGUGGAAUUCACCUACGCAUUAACAAACAAGAGAUACUAUCUCGGCCUCUAUAUCUGCAUGUCCACGUCACUGGAUCGGCUCGUGGAGCAAAUUGGGAAAGGGAAAAGGAUACCCAAGGCCUCUGUCGUCCUGGAAAUUGCCAAAAAAGCCAGUGACCCAGACAUCGUGGCUACUUCGCAGAACCUCUCUCUCAAAUGUCCCCUGAGUUAUAUGAGGCUCAAGGACCCCUGCCGUGGUCUCAACUGCAACCACAUACAAUGCUUUGACGCGACGUCCUACCUACAGUUGCAAGAACAAGGACCGCAGUGGAUCUGUCCGAUCUGCAACAAUGCUGCUCCCUUUGACCAACUGGCCGUCGACGAGUAUGUCAAGGACAUCCUGGUGAACACGCCGAGUUCUGUGGAGCAGGUCACGAUUGAGCCGAAUGGAAAAUGGUCGGUCCAGAGUCAGACCCAGAGUCAGACCCAGAGUCAGACCCCAAGUCAGACCAGUCAAAAGGAAGAAAAGAUGGCGGCUAAGGAGACGAGCUUUAUCGAUGACGACGAUCUCGUGAUUUCAGAGACCAGCUUUGUGGGCAGUCGCCAUACCGCAACUCCGAACCGCUCGAUGGCGAAAUUUGAUACCCCUGUAAGGGGGUCAACGGAGAGUUCGACAAUGCCCAGGUCAGCUACCAGUAGCAAACGGCCGGCCGCUGAAGUCAUUGACUUGACUCUUUCAGACGAUGAAGCGCCAGAUCGCCCUGCGAAACGCCAAAACACUACUGCAAACGGCUGGAGCACAAUUUUCUAGACGUGCACUCCGGCUCUGAUUGCCAGUCGUUAGGAUCAGCCUCCCGUGCUAUACGCCACGGGGACUGCUUGGUCGUCUCCCCAUUUCGGUUGACUCAUGGUGAUUCGGCCUCUUUUUGAGGCGGGGGGGAGAGAAGGGGGCGUUACAGGAAUUUAAUACGAUUAGACCAUGGGAUCGUAUCUCAGCACGGCGUUUGGGAUGGUACGGCACAGGACGGCAAAGGAGGGUGCCCACACGGUCAGGUCAGGCAACGGCAUUGUGGGGAGAAGACGGAGAGUAUUUGGAGUAUUGACCGCUGCCUCGAAUGAGGCCUAGAGAGGGUUUCGUCACAACGCGAUGGAUAGCUCUACGGGAGGAAUAAAGGGGGACUAUAUCUUGCUCAGCGAUUCGAUAAGUGCCUAGAUAUCUAGAGCAUGCUUAUAUGUAGCUAGUGAUUUCGAUAACUCGAUAUCCAGGCUACUUGCAUAUCACCCAUAACAGCAACCUGUAGGAAC